AUGAACAAAAAUCCCAUGGCGAGGCCAAAGGUGUGGUCUAAGUUGGUGGUCGAAUCAGAGAGCUCAGAAAGUUCCAGCAGUGAGGAGGAGACUUCAAGCAGUGACACCUUCGAAUCAGAAACUUCGUCAGACUCAGAGUCAACUUCAUCCUCCUAUUCGUCAUCAUCAUCAUACGACUCUGAUUCCACUUCCUCUUUAGGCAGCGAUGAAGACAGUAGUGAUGAUUACGAUUUCGACGACGCUACCUCCUCUGAAUCAUCUUCAGAAGAGAAGGAAGUGAAGACCCAUAGAAGGGCAAAGACAAAGACUUCAAAAUGA